AUGCUGCACGAGGCCCAUCCCACGUACGACGCUGCACCGCUCGCUGGUUUCGACACGGUGGACGCUGUGGCGGGAGUUAUGCUCACCUCCAUCGGCAGCGCUUACUCUCCCUGCCAGAGCAUUUCACCAGUCCGCCAACAGCAGCAGCACCAGCAGCGCAUGCUGCAUCGGUGCCUCAGCAGCAGCGGCUCCUACAUCGCGGCGGUGCGCUGCAGCAGCACACUACCUGUACCGCAGGGAAGUGUUGGCUCUAAUCCGCUCUCGCCAAAGCCAGCCGCCGGUGCGGAAGGGAGCGCUACUCGGCCUCAGCUGCCCUUUGCGCAAGUUGCAGCAGCUGCUGCGGCGGGCUGGGGCGAUCAUGAAUACUCUCUCCAUCAAUCGCAUCAACAGGAGAAGUUUCCGCUGACGCCUGCCGCCGAGGACUUCGUGCACGAGAUACUGGCAAUGAACACGUUGGCGAUGGAGCAAUGCUACGCUGCGGUUGCCGCCGGCGGUGGCGCUGCUGCUGUUGUCGGCGCUGCCAUCGCCAAUUCUGCCCCCAGCACUGCCGCUGCCUCUGAGGAGCCUAUGAGGAUCCUGGGCGAAGCCUACAUGCGAGUCGACGAGACUUUUGCACAGGAUAUCCCGGCACCGUUACUUGAUGAGCUGAAGACCACGACGCUCAACAACAUGGGAGUUGUGGAGUGCAACCGCGGCCAGCCGCGGCAAGCCCUCAGCCACUUCGAGGCUGCUCGGCAGUUGGAGGAGAACAACGGUAUGGCCUCGCCUUCCAUUGCGCUCAACAUGUGCGCAGCGUACAACGCGCUGCGGAUGUUUGACAAGGCGACGGCUGCUGCGCUGGAGGCGAUCGACAUGCUGCGAUCGUUGGAACUGCAGCGACGGCGCAAUCGCCGACUGACUGCUGCCGCGGCCGUCUCUCUCGACGGCCGCGGUGGCGGCGUGAUGGACAGUGCCAAGGAUGGAGACACGUCAACGAUGGACCUGUUGCUCGAGGCCGCUGCAGCGCCGAAGAUUGCGGACUCGCAGAACGAUGCACUGUGGGGUGCGGCGUGGAACAACUUGGCGGUUGCGCAGAUCAACACCGCUCGCGGCUCCAAGGACACGAGUGAGUACACGAAUGCGCUGUCCCUCUUCCAAAACGCAAUGCGAGCGACGCAGGAGCUGCUCGGGAUGCAGCAUCCCAUGUCGAAGGCAGUCGUCGUAACAUUCCGCUCGGUGCGGCGAGCCUUUCGCAAAUAUGGCGCUUUCAAGCAGCAUCGCUCGCUGCUGCGUGCGCCCUUGCCGCCGGUGGACCCUCGGGAGCAAGAGUGGGAGGAGGCACAGGGGGAGGUGAUGCCGGGGCACACCCGCCACGGCACCCUUCUACAGCAGAGGCAGCAGCUGACCAUUACGUUUCGCGGCGAGGUGACAGGCGGACAGAAGAAGGUGGAGCGGCUCGACAGCACCCCGUACCCCGGUGCCGUCGCCCACCCAUACCAGAGACAGCAGCGCAUGGAAGGCACGAGCAGCGGUCGCGGCACCACCGCCGCCGCCGCGACUGGUAGCCGCCGCUGCCGCUCCAGCAAAGGGAGGCAGCCCAAGACGCAGACCGGCACGUCGCAGCUCCUACGCAACAUGCCUCUCAGUAGCACACUCUCUCUCGCUAGCGCCGUGUACGGCAAUCCUCACCCUCUUCUCUACUCACCACCGCCGUCGGGCCAGUGCAGGGAGUCGGCCCCACUCUUCUUCCCGGACAGCACACGUAUGGCGUUUAACCAGUACGAUGGCCCUGUCGCCACCGACUCGAGUCACCAAAGCCACGGCCAGGGUCAACACGGUCACCCCAUUAGCAAACGCGGCCCUGCAACAUACAAGGAUAUGAGCAGGAGGAGCAAGUCCGGGACAACAGGGAACCACCUCUCCCAGACGGCCCCGAGCUCCUCGCGCAGUUACGUGCAGGGCAGCGCAGCAAGUGCAGCCGCAGCGUCCUCUCCACCGCAGCCAACUCGUCCACCAGUGUCCAAGGCGCUGCCACCUAUUGGUGUCAGUGCUUCUACUGGUGCUGCAGCUGUUACUACUGCCGCCUUCGCGGAGUGUGGUAAAGGGCACGGAGCUGCACCUGGGGUCGUUCCUUUCAAGCAUCCCACCAGCCUCGUGAGCGACACGUUCAACAGCGCGACCAUCACCCCCGUUUUCAUGCACCAUCCACCUCAGCGGUCGUCGCAAAUGGCCUCAUCGGCGCCGUAUAGGUCGACGCGGACUUCGCCUCUGGCGGGUGUCCACAGCGGCCCUGCCGCCACGGCACAUUUGCAUCAGUCGAAAAUGUUGCUUUUGGCCACGCCGUCGAGCACCGUGGGCCCGACGACGACGACCACCACCACCACCUACUACCCGCUCGAAGUACCAUCAGGGACAGUAGCGAGCUCUGCGGGGCACCGUGAGCUGAUGACCACAUCGGUGACCCCGCCGCCCACUAUAGUUGACACCGGUGACCCAAGCGCAGGCACUCACGAGCUAUUCCGAGGGAUGUGGGUCACCGCCGAUCCGCACUACGUACACCGCGGGCCGCGCGUGUUUGGCCGACCGGCGUACUACACCAUCGCCACGACGCUGGACGUGACUGAGGAUGGUGUGAGCGGUGACGGUAGUGCCACCGGCGCUGGGACGGGCGCUACGGCUUUGACGACAUGGACGGACUCGACACCAUGUCCAGUGCUGCCUACGCUGACGUACAGCAGCAGCGGCAGCGAAGAGGACAACAGUAUCGCGGGUGAGGGUGGCGAUGAGUACGACGCGCCGGAUGUGCAGCAUCGCACCUCCGUCUCCACCGAUGCGAAGUCGUCGUCUGUGUCGUCGCUGACGAACAAGCUGGCGGAGACAUCACGGAUGACGGAGUAG